GGAAAGAAGGUAAAGGAGAGAUAACGAGGUUGGAGAUUUCUUCCUUACUGGGGGAAAACAUGGAACCAAUGAUGUACUAAAGUACUGUGAAAAGAUGGAAUCUGAUCAGAUUGUCAAACCAAACAAAUCCAGUAAGAAAUGGCGUCUUAUCCGCCAGUCGACGGAGCCGUCCAAUGGGAGCGCGUACGAGUAUGAGGACGCGGACUUGGAUGAGAUGUAUGGGCGGUGGAUCGAGCUGCCUGACAUGCUGCUGGAGGAGAUUCUGGCGCUGAUCAUCCCCAAAUACCGCCACGAGGCUUCCCAGGUCUGCAGGCGCUGGCACCAGACGUUUUAUGCGACCAGGGUGUGGGAAACGUUCACGCUGCUGGAGCGAACUCUGACCAAGAAAACCUACAGCAUGUACAAAGGCUGGACUCGGGAGCUGUGUGGGAGAAAGGCACAGGUGUGUUUCCUCCGCGUGGGGUCGCUCUUCAAACGCAUAGUGAUCACUCCUCUGAGCGAUUUCUAUAACCUCUACGAGUUCCUAAGAGUCCUGAACUGCUUCUUUGUCUUCUACGACCACUUCCCGAUGCCUCUGCUGCAUACGUUCGAGUUCACCUUUGCUUGCGAGAUCAGAGAACUCACCGGUGUUAGCAUCUAUGGAACUGGAGGGCAAAUCCUGGAUAUACUGAAGGCUGUUGUGGGCAAUAUGAAAAAUCUGAAACACUUGAAGCUGAAUGACCUACUUCUCGACGUGAACGAAGUGGCAGGACUUGUAGAAGCUGUUCUCAGCAGCAGCAGAGAUUGUCUGAGGACUUUUGAGCUUCUCAACUGCUCGAAAAUUCCUCAUCCAAUUCCAGAACUGGCGCAGUUUACCAACUUAUCGAGACUCACCGUCAGUGCGCAGCACUUGGAUGAGGAGUCCCUUCUUAUGAUCGGUGGAAUAGGCCUCGCUCAUCUAAGCAUCGUUCAAGAUCCUUACACGUGUGAAGCUGAACCAGUCUCUUCUGACGCCUGGAAACUCGUAAAGGAAAUGGCGCCAAAGCUUAGAGUGACUUUGGAGAUCAGGGGCUCGUUAAGAAAGACCCAUAUAAUUCAGCCGUACGCCCCCGUGUCUAGAAUCAAAUCUUCGUCACCUUAUUCUACCCUGACUCCAGAAUUCGCCAACAAGCUAGUGAUGUAUUACCACAAGACAAUGGAGGUGUUUGACCAAAGAAGGCUUCCUCGGCUCCACGGAUCGCGGUCGUUUCAUGACAGAAGCGACUCCUCGUUCGUCUUUCUCCUCAGACGGUGUCCGCGGAUACACACGCUGAUCAUACGAGAACGAAUCUCAACUGCCACUCUCCUUUUGUUGAUGACAAUUGGUAAAAAUCUCAAAAACGUGCUGGUGAGAAGGAACGCUCUCAUCAAGAAAUCCGAUUGGCCAAAAGCUGAUGAUUGGAGUCCCGAAUUCUACCAGUGGUUGAAAACGAAGUCAAGGUCAUAUGAUGACGUCAGUGCUGAAGUUAGCAAGAUUCUGGGUUACCCAUGGCGGCCAUUACGGGAUGAGGAGUUUAAGUUCAUGUAAAAAAAAGAAAAUAGAAUUCAAUUUAUGCGUAAUUGGGUAAAUCUCAAAUUGUGAAUCUACGUAAAAUAUACAAUUCCAGACUUUUCUUUUGUUAUGGUACUAAGAUUCAAAAUGUUUUAUUAUAAUCAAGAAUUUGUGAAAAAUAAACAAUUGCAGGAUGCUUUUCUGUGCUUAAAGCAAAACAAAGAUUCGAAAUGUACAGACAAGGUAUCAGAUAAGUUGGUAACAGUGCGGUAUAGUUAGAGAGUUGCUAAAAUGACUGGUGUAAGAGUUUAGUAAAAGUAGUUUUUAUAAAACAUAAUCCUGAUAAUUUUAAGGAAUUUAAAAAAAGAAGAUGUUAACAAAAUGUAAAAAGAGCUUGAAACUGAAUGGUCAGAUUCAUAAGCCUGGGAAGGAAGGAAAUGUUUUAUUUAACGACGCACUCAUCACAUUUUAUUUACGGUUAUAUGGCGUCGGACAUAUGAAUAAGGACCACAUAAAUAUUAAGAAAGGAAACCCGCCGUCGCCAC